UGGUAAUUUUGCCAUUGUUUAAGCCUUCGGUUGUUCAUAUGUGUAGUAUGUGAGCUGAUGCAAGCUAGGGAUUUUGGGUUUUCAGAGUUGAAGUGAAGCUAGGGUGGAACAAGUUCUCUCACUCAGAGUGGGUAUGGAUAAUAUUUUGGCUCAAGAUGUACUCAGUAACCUACCUGAUGCCAUUAUACAACACAUACUUGUGCAUAUGCCGAUAAGGGAUGCUGUGAGAACAAGUAUCUUAUCAAGAGGAUGGAGGUAUAAAUGGGCUACCAUUCCAACUUUGGAAUUUGAUUACAGAUGCAUACCAACUUCUUCUUCAAAAGAAGACCCACUUGUGAAGAUGGAAAAAUUUGUGAACUUUGUUGCUCGAGCUCUCUUGCUUCAUACAGGUCCAAUUGACAGGUUUAAGAUAUCUCAUUCAUGCCAGCUGAGAAGUUGCUCUGAUAUAGAUCAAUGGAUUGUCUUUUUAUCAAGAAAUGGGAUAAAGGAAUUUGUCCUAGAAAUGUGGUAUUGUCGUGAUCAAGAACAGCAGUUUGUUGUGCCUUCUUCUCUCUUUACUUGUCAAAAUUUGAGAAUGUUGAAGCUCCGAAAUUGUGUGUUUAUACCACCUCCAACAUUCAAAAGCUUUCCUUGUUUGAGAACACUCUGGCUUCAAUGUGUUACUUGUACAGAUGAUAUAAUGAGAAGUUUGAUUACCAGCUGCACACUUCUUGAGAAAUUGUUCAUAAAGGAUAUUCAUGGCCUAAGCUCUCUUCAAGUCUAUGGUCCAAAUCUCAAGUACUUGAAUGUUUGGGGUGAAUUCAUAGAAAUUUUCAUACAACAUAGCCCACUAUUAGUUGAUGCUAAAUUUAGUCUAUUCUAUCAUCCUAAAAUUAGAAAUGCAGACCAAAAUUGUAUUUCCAUGUGGCCACUGGUCUUUGAUAGUCUCAUCCAUCUUGAAAAGCUUUAUCUACACGGAAUGUGGUGGUUUUCCUCGUAUGGUGAUCAUAUACCAGAAAGACUUCCCACUACACUUAUUUAUCUGAAGAAUCUUGAUUUGUGUAUCGCCUUUCAUAGAUCGUCUGAGAUCUUAACUGCUCUUUGCUUAAUCAGAAGCUCUCCCAACAUACAACUGCUUAAAAUUCGGUCUGAAUCUUUGGUAGGAUUUAACACGGAACAUCCAUCUGAUGACAUGGAUUUCUGGGAGAUGCAAUGCCACUUGGGUUGCUCCUUGAAUCAACUUCAAAUAGUGAUAAUGAAGGAUGUGCAUGGUCUAGUACAUGAACUCCAGUUGAUAAAGUUUAUCCUUGGUCGUUCGCCGAUGCUCAAAACAAUGACUGUAAUACCUUUUCAUGUUAGUGAGAGUCUUAAAGAUUGUGCUGAUAAGUAUAUUAAAGAAGAACAUAUGUUGAUAGAAUUAGUGCGAUUCAAACGAGUUUCUACACAGGCAGAGAUCAUAUAUGUUAAAUAA